GCCCCAAAUCCCGGCGUGCCGGCGCUGGGAACCCUCCUGAUCCGAGCCCGAACCCCCAAAUCCCCUCCCCAGCCCCUCCUGGAGGUCGGGGCCAGCCCGGGAGCAGCUUCUGGAGACCGGAUUUGUCACCGAGGGGUCAAUCCCGGCUCCGAGCCCUCGGCUCCUGCUCCGGAUCCCGGGAUGGAGCCGCUGGCUCCCGCCGCCCUCCUGGCCCUGCUGGUGCUGGCCCUGGGACACCCCGACCCCGCGCUGGACCGGCACUGGGAGCUCUGGAAAAAAUCCUACGGCAAGGAAUAUCACCCCCAGGAGGAUUUGCUCCGUCGCCUGACGUGGGAGAAGAACCUGUGGCUGGUGACCCUCCACAACCUGGAGCACUCCCUGGGGCUCCGCUCCUACACGCUGGGCAUGAACCACCUGGGGGACAUGACCAGCGAGGAGGUGGCAGCAUCGCUGACGGGGCUCCAGCUCCGUCCCCGUCCCCGCCGGAAUUCCGCAUUCCCAGCCCGACCCCGGCCUGCUGGGGACAUCCCCGAGGCUCUGGACUGGCGGGACAAGGGCUGUGUGACCGAGGUGAAGAACCAGGGCGCCUGCGGAUCCUGCUGGGCCUUCAGCGCCGUGGGAGCUCUGGAGGCGCAGCUGAAGCUGAAAACCGGGAAUUUGGUGUCCCUGAGCGUCCAGAACCUUGUGGAUUGCUCUGGGAUGUACGGGAACAAGGGCUGCGCCGGCGGGCUCAUGACGGACGCGUUCCAGUACAUCAUCGACAACGGCGGCAUCGAGUCCGAGGAGUCCUAUCCCUACACGGCUCAGAACGGGACGUGCCACUACAACGCCUCCGCCCGCGCCGCCUCCUGCUCCCGCUUCGUGGAGCUGCCCGAGGGCGACGAGGCCGCGCUCAGGGACGCCGUGGCCACCGUGGGCCCCGUGGCCGUGGCCAUCGACGCCACCCGGCCCAGCUUCUUCCUCUACCGCUCCGGCGUGUUUGACGACCCCCAGUGCUCGCAGGAGAAGCUGAACCACGCCGUGCUGGUGGUGGGAUACGGCUCCCUGGAAAACAAGGAAUAUUGGCUGGUGAAGAACAGCUGGGGCGUGUAUUUCGGGGACGCCGGGUACAUCCGCAUGGCCCGCAACGCCUCCAACCUCUGCGGCAUCGCCAGCUACGCCUCCUACCCGCUCAUCUAGACCCGAUCUGGACCCAAUCUGGACCUGGUCUGGACCUGCUUUGGACCUGCUCUGGACCUGAUCUGCACCUGCACUCCAGGCACCUCCCCAGAGCUCCAGAUUUCCAUGGAUUCCAUGGAUCCCUCUACUUCCAGGGUCGCUUUCCAGCGCUGGGCAUUGUCUGGUGGUUGGAUCCGUGGGUUGGGAGGGGAUCCAGAGGGUGGGAUGGGGAAAUGUUGUUGAUAAGCAUCAGGGAGUUCGUUUUUGGUGGAAAUGUGGGGGUUUGGGAGUAAAAUGGUGAUUCCUGCAGGGAUUGGUCACAGGGGCAACAGGGAGCGGGUAGGAGGAUCGUAGGGGUCGUUGGGAUCACUGGGAUGGGGUACUGGGACCACAGGGGUCACUGGGAUCACUGGGAUUGGGUACUGGGACCACAGGGGUCACUGGGAUCACUGGGAUUGGGUACUGGGACCACAGGGGUCACUGGGAUCACUGGGAUGGGGUACUGGGACCACAGGGGUCACUGGGAUCACUGGGAUUGGGAACUGGGACCACAGGGGUCACUGGGAUCACUGGGAUUGGGUACUGGGACCACAGGGGUCACUGGGAUCGGGCACGGGGUUCAUUGGGAUCAGGUAAUGGGAUCACUGGGAUCACUGGGAUUGCGUACUGGGAUCAUUGGCAUCACAAGGAUCACAGGGAUCGUUUGGAUCAUGUAAUGGGAUCACUGGGAUCACAGGAUCAUUGGGAUUGGGUACCAGGGUCAUUGGGAUCACUGGGCUCACAGGGAUCACUGGGAUCACUGCAAUUGGAUGGUGGGAUCAUUGGGAUCAGGCACAGGGAUCGUGGGGAUCAGGUACAAGGAUCACUGGGUUCACAGGGAUCAUUGGAAUUGGGUACCAGGGUAAUUGGGAUCACAAGGAUCAUUGGGAUCACUGGGAUUACUGGGAUCCCAUUAUCAGGAUCCCAGGAAUCCCAGGGAUCACAGAGAUCAGGUGCUGGGAUCACAGAGAUCAUUGGGAUUGGGGACCAGGACGACUGGGAUCACUGGGAUCAUUGGGAUCAGGUACUGGGAUCACUGGAAUCACAGGGAUCAUUGGGAUUGGGUACCAGGAUGACUGGGAUCACUGGGAUCAGGUACUGGGAUCACAGAGGUCAUUGGAAUUGGGUACUGGGAUCACAGGAAUCACUGGGAUCACGGAGAUCAUUGGGAUCAGGUACUGGGAUCACAGAGGUCAUUGGAAUUGGGUACUGGGAUCACAGGAAUCACUGGAAUCACAGGGAUCAUUGGGAUUGGGUACUGGGAUCACAGGAAUCCCUGGAAUCACAGAGAUCAUUGGGAUCUGGUACUGGGAUCACAGGAAUCCCUGGAAUCACAGAGAUCAUUGGGAUUUGGUACUGGGAUCACAGGGAUCACUGGAAUCACUGAGAUCACUGGGAUCAGGCACUGGGAUCACAGAGAUCACUGGGAUCAGGCACUGGGAUCACAGGGAUCUCUGGGAUCAUGGGUUCCUCCCUCUGGAGCUGCUGCGAUGCCGGACAUCGAUUUCCCUCCCCCGUGUGACACUGCUGGGAUUGCAGAUAUUCCAUGGAAAAUAAAAGAUUUGCA